GAAUUACGCGGUAACUUUGAGCUGUUUACGAAGAUGUAGGUAUCCUAUCAUAGCUAUCCUGUUAAACUAAGAUUGUCGGUAUAAGUUAAAUGCUUUUCUGUUUAUCUAGGUCAGCCGAUGCAGGAGCCACUAAUGUUGCCAAUGGAGGGACUCCUCAACCGCGACCACAGAACAAGCGCCUGCAACAAACACAAGCUCAGGUUGAUGAGGUAGUAGAUAUCAUGCGAGUAAAUAUGGAGAAAGUUCUGGAGCGCGACGCCAAACUUAGCCAGUUGGAUGAUCGAGCAGACGCUUUACAGGCAGGCGCUUCACAGUUCGAGGCCAGUGCUGGUAAAUUGAAGAACAAAUAUUGGUGGAAAAAUAUGAAGAUGAAUAUUAUCAUUGGUGCAGUUGUAUUGGUACUCAUAAUAGCACUAGGAUGGUAUAUAUUUGGCGGGAAGAAACAAGAAGCAGCUCCUGCACCAACAGCUUUACCUCCUCCAGUACAACACGCCGCACCAAGUUCUCAGAGUCAGAAACAGCCGUUGAAGCAUGAAGCUUCUCACAGGCGUCGUCGGGAAGCUUCAAUGUUCGGCACUACUCCCCAAUAACAAAACAGAAACUAUUAGCAUUCAUAGAAGUGAAAAGUUAUUCCAAUCAAUAGGACUACUCUAUCUUUUAUUUUCACGUGCUAACGCGCGAAAUCUGCA